AUGCAUUUUUGCAGCCUCUCCACAAUAGCAAGCCUUGCUUUAGCAUCUCUCUGCCUCGUCGGCUUGACAAGCGUCGGUCCCGGCACCGCACACUAUGCUGUGCUCAAUCUAGGCCUGUUCACCAGCUACGCCGAGCUUAUCUCAACCUAUUCGUCGGGCAAAGACUUCAUAGCCUCCACAUCGAAGUGGAUAGACGCAGUGCACACCCAGAGCCCUCCACCACUCUCGAUCUUCACACGCGUUUACUAUGCCAAUUCGCAAUACCCAGACGUCGAGCCUGGUUCGCCACUUGCCGAAGCACUUGCCGAAGCACUUGACGAAGCACUUGACGAAGCACUUGCCGAAGACCUUGCGCUCGUCAAGUCCAUGAAUCCAUCGGCCGAUGUGUCUUCUAUAAAUGCCGCCAACCCAGCCUCGGCCAUUGCACCUGCAUUCAGAGUCAAAGAUGGCUAUGACGUGGUAAUGCAGCAUACACGCCACUACGCAGGCUUUGCCAACGAGCUCGAGAUCAUUCUAAGCUCGCAGCACAUCGAUACAGUGGUAAUUGUAAAUCAGGCCACGGCACUGUCGAAAUCCGAUCGAGGACUAACUGAGACACGACAGUCAGGCAUGACAUCUUCAGGCACCGUUCUGUGCACGGCCUAG